AUGACUGCCCACAAAAAGCCUUGGUUGGUGCAUGUUCGGAACCAUCCUGGUUCGUCCAAACAAGACAUCGCCAAUGAACCCGAUUGGGGCCGCGGGCACCAACACCGCGUGGGUUUCCGUAACAAGAGACAUCGAGUUCCAGGAUUCGCCCAUGAUGGAAAUUAUUCUACCCAUGUCAGAAGGGCACGCGAGCUGAGAAAGGAGCUCAUCGAUGAGGAGACUGCGGGCCGGUUAGUCAACUUUCGUGACCUAGACUUGCACCUGCGGCAUCCCGAGAACCGAUCGUUGGGUUGGCGUUAUGUCAUUGACGCAACCGAAGACUGGGUCAAGAAUAAGCAAAGAUGGCCUGCAAAUAUCCAGCGCGAGAAAAAAAAGGAACAGGAGAGAGUUGAAAAGGAAUCGAAGCAGGAGCACGAGUGGCGACGGGACUCAGACAAGGACAAGCAUCACGAUGCCUAUGCCACCGGGGAUGGACACCAAGAAGAUGGCGACGACAAGAACAGCAACGGGCAAGUCAGCGGCGACUCUGAAAUGGAGACCGAGGCAGAACGGCUAGAGAGAUUGUAUUCGCCGCAAGAGCUUGCACUUUUGCGUGCGUUGGAGCAUGAGAAGAACUACAUGUCGAGUCUGAAAGAAAACGACGGCAAAGGUAAAUCACCGCAGCAUCGCAAUCGAACCCAGAUCUCCAUAGAUGAACAGGAUCAGUUCAGCCCGGAUAACUGGAUUCCCCGAUCCUCACAUCUCAUGCGCAUCACGGGAAAGCAUCCUCUCAAUGGUGAGCCGAAGUUGGAUGACCUGUACGAGGGCGGGCUCAUUACACCAAAUGAGCUUCAUUACAUCCGCAACCACGGCGCAGUGCCGCGGCUACUCUGGGAAUUCCACAAGCUGGACAUCGAGUACAAUGGAAAAAAGCACACCUUGACCAUGCCGCAACUAACAACAUUCGAGACCACCAACAUCCCCGUCGCGCUUGCAUGCGACGGCAACCGUCGCAAAGAGCUUAACAUGAUUAAACGAAGCAAGGGGUUCAACUGGGGGCCUGGCGCAAUCAGCUGUGCGUAUUGGAAGGGGCCGCUGGUGAGAGAUGUGCUGCUUGAUGCCCAUGUGCCUGAGGUCCUGCCGGGUAUGGGAAGAAAACGAUACUGGGUCAAUUUUGAGGGAGCCGACGACCUCAGUGAUGGCGCCUACUCGACGUGUCUACCGUUUGACUACGUCAUGAAUCCGCAAAACGAUGUGCUCCUGGCUCACAAGAUGAAUGACUUGCCGCUGCCUCCGGAUCACGGAUAUCCCGUGCGCGUAAUUGUGCCGGGAUACGUCGGCGGCAGGAAUGUCAAGUGGCUGCGGCGGAUAUGGAUCAGCGAAGAGGAGAAUAACUCGCACUACCACAUCUGGGACAAUCGAGUCCUGCCCUCUUUUGUCACAGAGAUGGACGGCCCGUUCGCCGAGACGCUGUUCCGCCACCCCGACACAGCCUGCAACGAGCAGAACCUCAACUCCAUCAUUGUAAAGCCCGCUCACGGCGAGACCAUAUCGCUGGCUAAAAUAUCAAAGGGUCAAAACUACCGCCUGGAGGGGAUUGCCUAUGACGGUGGCGGCCACGAGGUACAGCGAGUAGAGGUGUCGCUCGACGACGGCAAGACCUGGCUCUACUGCAUCCGCACGUUCCCGGACUCGCCGAUCCGCCACGGAAACAAGUACUGGGCCUGGAUUCACUGGCACGUCGACGUCAAGAUGCAGCACCUCCUGCGGGCGAGCAGCAUCACCGUGCGGUGCUUCAACGUGUUCAAGAACACGCAGCCGCGAGACCCCGUCUGGAACAUUAUGGGCAUGAUGAACAACGGGUGGUACGUCGUGAAGCCGGAGCUUGCGCAGGCCGAGCACUCGGGCGAGGCGCAGCUCUUGUUUCGCCAUCCCACGGAGCCGGGCCAGGGGACGGGUGGGUGGAUGAAGCCGAGCGUGGAGAACCAGAUCGCCGAGGCGAAGCAGGAGGCGGGCGCGCCGCAGAAGGAAUUCACGAGAGAGGAGAUUGAGAAGCACAGCACGCAGGACGAUUGCUGGAUCGUGGUGGACGGGAAGGUUUAUGACGCGACGAGUGUGCUGGAUUGGCACCCGGGAGGAGCGGCGGCGAUCAUGUCGCAUGCGGGAGCUGUGCAUCAAGAGACGACGGAUGAGUUCAGUUCUAUCCAUGACGACUACGCACAUGAGAAAUUAAAGGAGUGCGCUUUGGGUGUCGUCACGGAAAAGGCCGCCAAUUACAUCAAGAAGAAUGCCGAGUCGGCGGCCAAGCAGGAUGCGACGUCCCAGGACGAGGACAAGGUAGCGCUGCAGAACCAUCGAUGGGUUCCCGUGACCCUGGCCGCGCGCAAAGACAUCUCUGAGGACUCGAGGACGUACACGUUCCAGCUGCCCAAGGGCCAGCCGAACUUGGGGCUGGGCACCUGCCAGCACAUCCUCCUGGGCUUCCACCUCAUGGACCGCAUGCUCAUCCGCAGCUACACGCCGACGCGCCCGCUGUGCCCGCCCCACGACGGCGGAAAACAACACACCAACGCGGCCGGCCGGCCGCUCGAAGACGGCAGCGGCACGUUCGACCUGACCGUCAAGACGUACUUCCCCGACGGCAGUCAGCCCGGCGGCGCCAUGUCCACCAUCCUGGACUGCGUGCCGCUCGGCGAGCAGGUCGAGGUGCGCGGGCCGACGGGCGAGAUCGUCUACCACUCCGACGGCGUCUUCGAGAUCGAGAGCCGGCGGCGCCGGUUCCGCCGGGUGUCGCUCGUGCUGGGCGGCUCCGGCGUGACGCCGGGGUACGCGCUGCUGGCGCGCAUCGCGAUGAGUGGUGGUGACCGGACGGAGGUGCGCGUGCUGGACGCGAACAAGACGGAGAGGGACAUUUUGCUGCGCGAGGAGAUGGCGGAGUUUGCGAGGGGGUCGGGGGGCCGGAUCAGGGUGACGCACGUGCUGAGCCACCCGGAGGAGGACGGCGGCUGGGAUGGGUUGACGGGGUAUGUGGAUGAGGAGAAGAUCCGGGGGGCGCUGUUUCCGCCGGGAGAGGACUCGGUGGCUUUGCUGUGCGGACCGCCGGCGAUGAUUCAGAAAGCAGCUCUGCCUGCGUUGAAAUCAUGGGGGUAUGUCGAGGAUGAAAACCUGUUUGGAUUUUGA